ACCUCCACCCUCCUCCUCCCCUCCCCCCUGUUCACUCCCGCAUCCAAUUCCCCCCCAUCUCUCUCUCUCUCUCUCUCUCUCAUCCAUCGCCCCGAAGUCCUCCUCCUCCUCCUCCUCGAGGACCUCGACACCUUCCUAGCUCACCGCGCGCGCGCCUCGCCCUCCUACGCAGGUAAACCCCCCCGCCCCCUCGAGCUCGCCAUCCCGCGCUGAUCUGCGGCCUAGGGUUUCAGAUCGAGGGGGGGAAAUUCCGCGCCGCUGACCUUCUCCCGCCUCGAUCCCUGCAGAUUCCUUCGCCGGUGGGGGUGGGGGGAGAACGGCGGCGGCGUUGUUGCGAUGAGCUCGACCCACGUGGCUGUCGAGGCCCCGGAUCCGGGGGGAGACGGGGGCCUCGGCGAGGCGAGGCUGGUGGAUGCUGAUGCUGCUGCUGCACCGGCGGCGGGGGAUGCGGAGGGGAGAUUGGGUGGUGGUGGUGGUGGCAGCUCGGCCCCCGCCGCUGCGGGGGACGCUGAUGUGACGAUGACGGAGGCCGUGGAGGAGGAGGUGGAGGUGGAGGUUGCGGGUGAUGCCGAGGCGGAGGCUGCGGUGGUGGCGGGGGAUGCGGCGGGUGAUCCGUUGUAUGGGACGGAGUCGGCUGGUAUGGUUGUGGAUGAGCCCGUUGACGCCGCCGAGGGAGGGGUAGAUGGGGGAGAUGGUGGCGAGGAGGGGUUGGAAGCGGAGGCUAGGGUUUUGCAGGGUGAGGCUGCGACGGAGCCCGUUCCGGCAGGAGGAGAUGUUGCCAUUGCUUCUGAAGUGGCGGCGGAAGCACAUGAUUCUGCUACUCCUGAGCAUGCCGAGGCCGAAUCCAAUGAUCUCGAAGAAAACCAUGUUGAUAGAGGAAAAGAUAAUGGCGUGGCGGUGGCGCACUGUGACGACGAAAUGCAGAAUAAUGUGGAGGGGAGCUCCGAGAUCCAAGAAGAUGAUGGAGCUCCCACACUUGAGCAGCAGGAUGAUGAGUCUGAAAUGCCCCUGCCUUCUAGUGUGUCGAAUUUUGAAUUAUGCGCUAGAUACAGCCUUCCUCCUCUUGAUAAAGGAGAAUUUCGAGUUUCUGACCUUGUCUGGGGUAAAGUAAAAAGCCAUCCUUGGUGGCCUGGUGAGAUUUUUGACCCUUCAGAUGCGUCUGAGUUGGCAUUGAAGCACCAGAAGAAGGGCAGCCAUUUGAUAGCAUAUUUCGGUGACAAUACUUUUGCAUGGUGCGAUGAAUCCCAAUUGAAGCCUUUUGUAUCAAAUUAUUCACAAAUGGAGAAACAGAGCAGUUCAGAUGCCUUUGUUAGUUCAGUUAACUAUGCCCUUGAAGAACUCUCAAGGCGGAUAUUGUCAGGGAUGAGCUGUUCUUGUUUACCGGAAGAGCUAUCUGACAAUGGGAUGUCCUAUAUGGUCGAGAAUGCUGGGCUCAAGGAUGGAGUUACUUGCUCUGCAGUUAACCGGUCUGAGAUUUUGUCAUGUUGCAGCCCAGAAAAUCUUCUUAAUUAUGUUAAGUCUUUGGCUCUGUUCCCUGGCCAAGGUGGUGACUUGCUGGAAUUAGUGAUAGCUUGCUCUCAACUUACAUCUUUUUAUCGAUCUAAGGGAUGCCCUGAACUUGCAUCAUUCCAAACAGGCAGUGCAUGGGUUGAGAAUGGUGUGGACCCUUCUUCCAUCAAGGAUGAUGUGGUUGAUGAAGUUGUCACUAAUGAAGAGCCUCCUGCUAAUGAUAAGCCCAAAAGAGGCAGGGGGCGACCUCGUAAGCAGAAACCUCAGGAUGGUCUAGAGCUGACAGAGAAAAAGUCAACAUCCAAUCUUUCUACUGAUAAUGCCUAUGAUCAUCCUGCGGAAAGGCAGAUGGAUAUGGAGUUUGAUGAAUUUGACGGUUUACAGAGCAAGAAGAAAAGAAGCCUUGACUCGUUUGAAGAUCCUGAGACCAAGGCGGCAGCUCCAUCUUUUGGUAGUUCUUUCAAGAUCGGGGAAUGUAUUCGGCGAGCUGCAAGCCAGCUGACAGGAUCUUCAUCUAUUGUCAAGUCCCAGAAUGAACAGGUGCCUCAUAAGAACAUCGCUGAAACAGAAAAUGGAGAUUUUGAUGUCUCUAGUGAUGAUGCUAUCAAUGAGCUUAGUGUGGAGAAGCGUGCAAAAAGGAGACGGAUGCAUAGGCACCACAGUGCAGACCCCAAGGAAUUGUUAUCACAGCUGUGCUCAGUGGCUGUGGAGCCAACGCACGGAUAUAGUUUCUCUGCAAUGGUAAUUAAUUACUUCAGUGAUUAUAGGAACUAUGUUGUUUCUACUACUACUGAAGCAAAUAUCGUUGAGAAAACUACUGCAAAAAAGGGGAGAAAGCGGAAGGUUAUGCCUUCUCCUGAGGUGGAGACAACUGAUCACAUGCAGGAUUCCUACUGGUCUGGCUUGAGUUUGCAUAAUCACCCAAUUCAUGAUCUCAGAAGAGCGAGUACUAGCACAAGGCCAAGGCGCAGAAGGAGAUCAUUGCGGGAAACAUAUUUCCAUGCACAACAAAAUCUACAGCAUGGACUAUUGAGUCCUAAGAAACAGAUACAAGUGAUAGAGAGAUCAAUUAUCCAUGUUGAUGAAAAGAUGGUUGAUGAGGUCAAGCCCACUGCACUUGUUUUGAGCUUUGGUAGGUCAAGUGCUCUUCCUUCUGAAACUGAUCUGGUUAAGAUGUUUGGUCGCUAUGGUCCACUGAAAGAAUCUGAGAUUGAAGUUCAUGCCAGCUCGAAUACUGUUAAAGUAGUCUUCAAGAAACGUGCUGAUGCUGAAAGGGCUUUCAGUUUUGCUGGCAAGUUUAGUACAUUUGGUCCUUCGCUCCGCAGUUACCGUCUUGUGAAUAUGCCAUUUUUUCUCAGCUCACAAACCAAUAAUACAGAGGCACACUCUGAGUACCAUGGUCUGGAGAUUCCAGGUCCAAGUGAGUCCAAAGUUCCACUAGAUGCUGCAGAAGCUGACCAAGUUGACAAAACAGAUGAGAAAGUAGAAGAUAAAGGUACUGCUGAAGUACUGGCUAGGGAGACAGGUGAUAGUAUAACUGCACCUGGAGCACUAGAUGAGAAAACAGAAAAGGAAGCUACUGCUGAAGCACUAGCUGACAAGACGACAGAAGGUGAAAUUACAGCUGAAGUACAGGUUGAGGAGACUACUACAACUGAGAAAAUUGUAGAGGAUAAAGAACUAGCUGAGGAGACGACAGAAGGUGAAACUACAGCUGAAGUACAGGUUGCGGAGACUACUUCAACUGAGAAAAUUGUAGAGGAUAAAGAACUAGCUGAGGAGACAACAGAAGGUGAAGCUACAGCUGAAGUACACAUUGAAGAAACUUCAACAACUGAAAGAACUGUAGAGGAUAAAGUGGUACCUGAGGAGACAACGGAAGGUGAAGCUACUGCUGAAGUACUCGAGGAAUGUACAGCCAUUGAGAAAAUUGUAGAGGAUAAUACCAUAGCUGAGGAGAUUACAGAAGGUGAAACUGUAGCUGAAGUACAUGUUGAGGUAGCUACAGCAAUUGAUAAAGCUGUAGAGGAAAACACACUAGCUGAGGAGACAGCUAAAGGUGAAACUACACCUGAAGUACACGUUGAGGAAACUACAACAGCAGAGGAAUCUGUGGGGGACAAAGCAGUAGAUGAGACAACAAAAGGUGAAACUACAGCUGAAGUAUAUGCUGAAGAAUCAACCGAGAAAACUGUAGAGGAUACCACAGUUGAGGCACCAGAUGAGAAAACUAAAACAGCCAAUGAUCCUGUAGAGGAUGCCACCGUUGAAGAGCCAGAUAAGAAAACCGCAGCCAAUGAUCCUGUAGAGGAUGCCACCGUUGAAGAGCCAGAUAAGAAAACCGCAGCCAAUGAUCCUGCAGAGGAUGCCACAGUCGAAGAGCCAGAUAAGAAAACCGCAGCCAAUGAUCAUGUAGAGGAUGCUACCCUUGAAGAGCCAGAUAAGAAAACUGCAGCCAAUGAUCAUGUAGAGGAUGUGACUGUUGAAGAGCCAGAUAAGAAAACCGCAGCCAAUGAUCCUGUAGAGGAAGUCAUCCCUGAAGAGACAGAUAAGAACACCACAACCAAUGAUCCAGUAGAGGAUGUGACUAUUGAAGAGCCAGAUAUGAAAACCGAAGCCAAUGAUCCUGUAGAGGAAGCCACCGUUGAAGAGCCAGCUGUGGAAGCUGGGACAAUUGAAGAGAUUGCUACGGCUGAAGCACGAGAUGAGAAAACCAUGAUAACCGAGGAAACUGCACAGGAUCCCAUGGUUGAAGAUGAGAAAACCAUGACAACCGAGGAAACCGUACAGGAGCCCAUGGUUGAAGAUGAGAAAACCGUGACAACGGAGGAAACUGUACAGGAUCCCAUGGUUGUAGAUGACAAAACCAUGACAACCGAGAAAACUGUACAGGAUUCCAUGGUUGAAGAAGGUGGUACGAAUAUCGCAGCUGCUGAGGAAACUGUAGAGCAUGCUGCUGCUACUGCUGAGGCUUUGGCUGGACAAGCAAGUUCAACCGAGCAGAACGGGUAGCAUAAGCUGGAUUCUUGUAGGUUUUGGAUGAUAUUGCGGCAGUCGGCUCAACUGAUUCAUCCAAUCUGGAUGUCGUGUGGAAUCAACUCUAGCAACAUAGCGAUAUUAGUUUCUAGUAACUACGGCGUAUUUGCUGCCUUCUAUAUAAACCUUACAUGUAGUUGUCUUGGGAGCAGCAGCAGUGUGUCACGAAUAGAAGAGUUUCUUCAGAAACGGUGGUGCGACAGCCAGUGGACCAGCUACUGGAUUAGCAUCCGAAUUAAGCCAUGUUCUUUCCUACUACAUUUUAAGGCCUUUGGGCCAAUCUACCGGGGACUCAUGAUUCUUGUACCAAUCUUCCAUUUUGUAAACUGGCUGUGUUCUGUAGGUUAUUUCUCCUUUAUUCCAUCAUAGUAGCUCAUAUUUUUCAGGCUGAUUCUACAUUUCUGGUUGCAACUUAUCUAAUCUCAUCAUGAAAUGUACAUUUUUUUUCCCUAGCUGCUUGAUUACUUGUUUAUCUGUGCUAGAAA